AUGACUUUUGGAACUAUUUUUUCUUUCUAUGGUAACCCAGGCAGUGGAAAAAGUACACUCUGUAAUGCUAAAUUGAGGAAAACAGUAUUUAAAUCUGGUGUGAGUGUAGGAACUGGAUUGACAACUUUUUCAGAAUCACAUCAAGAUGGAAACAAUCUUAUCAUUGAUUCUCCAGGUUUAGCAGAUCCAAUAAAGAGAAAUGAAGCUGCCAAACAAAUCGAAUCAUCACUUAAAAAGGUACUUAAUAUUAUUGAUAAUAUUGAUUAUCCUGAAGUUACUUUAGAGUCAGGUAGAGUGCGACUUCAAGAUGUUGAAACAUUAAAUAGUAUUUUAAAGGCAAUUACUGUUGAAUUUGAAUAUGGUUUAAUUAUCAACAAAGUAACCAAACAAGUACAUCAACAUUUGUUGAGUUCACCUGCCAAUCUUCAAGCUUGUAUUCAAAUGGUAGAGAAACAACCGCUGAGAACUCUCAUUGUCAAACACAUGUCCGAGCUGUACGAUGAAGAUAAUGUUUUGGUUGAGGAUAAAGAAACAUUGGAUUCUCUAAACGGUUUCCUUGAAUCUUUACCAAGAAACUUUAUUGAACAAAAAGAUGUUACAACUGUUGAAGUCAAGGAUUAUGACAAGAAAGUGAAAGAGAUGGAACUACUUAUGACCAAGUUAACCGAGCAAAUAGAAUUGGAGAAAGAGAACAACAAGAAGUUGGGUGAGAAAACUCUGAAAUUGGAAGCUGAUUUAACGCAGCAAAGAUUAGAGAGUAAAGAGAGUACUGAAAGAAUGAUGAAUCAAAUUUUGGAUAUGAAUCAGAAACAGAUAGAGCAGACUGCCGAGUUUCAAAGAAAUAUGCAAGAACAAAUGAGACUGACCACUGAAGCAUUGAACAAACCUCCUGUUAUCAUUGAGAAAGGUGGAUCAGGUCCUUGUUCAAUAAUGUAG